AUGCCUCGUGGUCAAAAGAGUAAGCUCCGUGCCCGUGAGAAACGCCAACAUGUCCGAGGUGAAACCCAGGGUCUCAAGGGUGCUCAGGCCACUGCAGUGGAGGAGGAAGGGUUCCCCUCUUCCUGUCCUGUUUUGGGGGAUGCUCCCGAGAGCUCCCAUGUUGCUGGCAUUUUGCAGGAGUCUGAGAAAGCCUCAGCCACCACCACUCCUGCUGCAGCAGCGAUUUUAUGUAAAAAGUCUGAUGGAAGUGCCAAGAGCCAAGAUGAGGAAAGUCCAAGCCCCUCUCAGGCAACACCUUCCACUGAGAGCUCACGUAAAGAUCCUCUGACCAGGAAGGCAAGCAUGUUGGUGCAGUUCUUCAUUGAGAAGUAUAAAAUGAAAGAGCCCAUUAUGAAGGCAGACAUGCUGAAGCUUAUCAACAGAAAGUAUAAACAGCAAUUUCCUGAGAUCCUGAGGAGAGCCACUGAGCGCAUGGAGCUGAUCUUUGGCCUUGAAUUGAAGGAAACUAACCCCAGCAAUAACUCCUAUGACCUCAUCAGCCAGCUGGAUGUCACCAAAGGAGGAAGUCUGUGUGGUGGCACGGGUUUGCCCAAGACAGGUCUCCUGAUGACCCUCCUGGGCAUGAUCUUCGUGAAUGGCAACCGGGCCACUGAGAAAGAUAUCUGGGAAUUCCUGAAUGCAUUGGGGAUCUACGCUGGGAGGAGCCACGUACUCUUUGGGGAGCCCAGGAAGUUCAUCACCAAAGAUUUAGUGCAGGAUAAGUACCUGGAGUACCGGCAGGUGCCCAACAGUGAUCCUCCAUGCUACGAAUUCCUGUGGGGUCCCAGAUCCCAAGCUGAAACCACCAAGAUGAAAGUCCUGGAGUUCAUGGCCAAGUACAACGAUACAGUUCCCAGUUCCUUCCCAGCUCUGUAUGAAGAGGCUCUGAGAGAUGAGAAAGAGAGAGCCGGAGCCAAAGUUGCAGCCACUGCUAGUUCUACUGUUACAGCCAGUGCAUCUUUCAGGGCCAAGUCUAGUAGAUUCUCUAGCAUCUAG